AUGAAUUCAAAGUGUCGUCUUCACAGAUGUGAUCGUGCUGUGGAUGGCACACUGGUCCGGAUAAGGACUCCAGCUAUUGUUGACUGGCAUGGGUUCCAAUCGGUGCAUGAUGCCGCUGUUUGGCGUAACUCCGCACCUGCUGCGGCCAUCAAUCGUGAAGUAACCGUGGCAGGUUAUUGCCUUCUUGGUGAUAUGGGGUACGGCAACGGCGGCGGAUUGACUACGCCAUUCCGGCCCACUACCGUCCAAGGGGACGCGCGGAAAAUGCGAUACAACCGCGAUCAUUGCCGUAUGCGAUCGAUCGUGGAGACCGUUAGUCGUCUGAAAUCGCGUUUCUCCAUUCACUCGUCAGAACUGAGAGUGGGACCUGAGCGCGCGUCGAAAAUCGUCAUAUUUGCGCCUCCUGCUACGCGACAGCUUGGAAGUAGGAAGGCGACAAUGGCACAUCCUGGUGCCGACGUAGCACACGUCCGUGCCUACAUCGUGGAGCGGAUGUAG